AUGACGUUCAGUUCGCGUUCGACUGUUGAGAACACAGUGGAAUGUUUAGGAUGCAAAGCUGCAGUUGAGGCGUUCAGAUUCAUUUAUGGAAGAAAUGCAACGCGAGAUGCACUCAUUGAUAUCGCAUCAUACGUAUGUGAGCACUUUGUUAAAAAGGAAACAGUUGUAUGCUAUGGAAUGGCUGCACAAUUCAGGGAAGAAAUUUUGUUUGUGAUCGAUAAGUUAAUUUUACAACCGGAUCGGCUUUGUGGUUUCUUUUUGGAAGGUUGCGGCAAUCCGUUCGAUCCUUUCUCACAGUGGAAUAUAACAAUACCGCUGAAACCGAAUGGUACUAACUACCCGAUCUAUCCAUCGCUUAAAAAAGACAAUUUGCGUAUAUUACAAAUUUCUGAUCUUCACAUUGAUCUCAAUUAUACUCCGGGUGCCGUUGCCAACUGUAACAAGCCAUUAUGUUGUCAAUCGGAUUCCAUUACAAAUGGAUCGAAAAAGAAUGAGGCUGGUUACUGGGGAACUCAAGCGAGCUGCGAUGUGCCAUACUGGACCAUCCGUCAUAUGCUUCAACAUUUAAAUGAAACACAAAAAUUCGAUUACAUCAUGCUUUCUGGAGAUUAUAUGUCACAUCUGGAUUGGGCUUACACGAAAAAAGAUCACUUAGAUAUACUUAUCAAUUUAACCGCAACUCUUGAUGAAUAUUUUCCGGAGACUCCAAUUUACUGGACACUUGGAAAUCACGAAGGUGUUCCUGUGAACAGUUUCGCACCUCACUUCAUACCCGAGAGGUUUCAACCUCAGUGGCUAUACAACCAGCUUCAAAAAUCACAACGACGUUGGGUGGAUAAAACAGCGCUAAAGAGUAUCAGUUACAGAGGUUCAUUCACCGUUCAACUCUUUGAUGGACUACGACUUAUUUCGCUGAAUACCGCAAAUACGUCAGCGAUGACAGGGUACGGUGGGCUUUUACCAGUAAACAUGCUCAAUUUUACAUUCGUUGAAAGUUAUCGAAGUUUACUUCUUAGUUGGUUGUACAUAAACGAAACAGAUCCAGAUGGUACACUGUCAUGGUUGGUAAAUGAACUGAUUCGAGCUGAGAAUGAUGGGCAAUACGUUCAUAUUCUAUCACAUAUUCCUCCUGGAAAUAGUGAAUGUCUGGAAGGAUGGGCAAGAAAUUAUUAUUUGAUUGUCAACAGGUUUGCUGAGACAAUUAAAGCACAAUUCUUCGGCCAUAUUCAUAUUGAUAGUUUCACCGUUUUCUUCGAAGAUUUAAACGAUGAUGCAACAUUACCAACAAAUGUGCUAUUUGCAUCACCAAGUGUAACAACAUUCAGUGGUUUGAAUCCGGCGUUUCGUAUCUACGAAGUUGAAGCUGGAAUGCAAUAUCGCGUUGUUGACUACAGCACCUACUUCCUUAACUUAUCAAAAACAUCUGCAAAGCGUGACCCGGAAUGGGAACUUCUUUAUACCGCAAAGACUGAAUACAAUUUGGUCGAUUUAAGCCCGUCGAGUUGGAAUCGACUGAUUAGCAGGAUAGAUUUGGAGCCGUCAAUAUUCAAUAAGUUCCUCAAGAACAGCGUUCGUCGUGACGAUUACACAUGCGAAGGAAAGUGCCGUCAUGAAUUAUUAUGUGCACUGCGCAGUGGACAUCACAAUGAAACGUCGUUAUGUUCUCACAUUGGUCAACAAUACUUCAAAUUCAAUGCCUAUCAACUUAACGAUAAAAGAUCGCUGAACGCUGAACAGAUCACGUCAAGACGUCAUUUUGCGAAAUGCUUUCGUAGUCGUGCUCUUCGCAGACUGUUCACUAUUCCAGCUUUUAGCCAGUGA